CUCGUGUUGGUCUCUUUACAGCAUGGCCAAUAGUGCGAUCAUAUAUUUAUUUUCUCUUCUAAUGUUCUGUUCUAAAGCUCUAGCAGCAGUGAUCCAAACACAGCAGACUGUGCUGGCAGCAGUGGGAGAAGAUGCUGAAUUCAGCUGUCAGCUCUUGGAGACUAAAGACGUCCUUCAGGUCACAUGGCAGAAAAUCUCAGCUGGUGGAGAGACAAAUGUUGCCACCUACAACAAGUACUUUGGUCAGAGAGUGAAUGAUAUCUUUGCAGAUAAAGUUGAGUUUAAACAUACUGGACUACAGAACUGCUCCAUAGUCAUCAGGAAUGUGACGGAGCAGGAUGAAGGAUGCUACCGCUGUCUGUUUAACACUUAUCCUGAAGGUGCCUUCACUGGUAGAACCUGCCUUGAUGUCUAUGGCUACACGGAGCACAACCUAGCUGGAAUUUACGCACCUCAUCUUCCAUGCUGGGCCAAUAAAAGAAGUGGUGUAUCCUGAACAGUGUCUUUUCCAACCCUGCAUGGGCCGCUGCCUCAUGACACUUCUUCCACACCUCCUUGUGUCUUUCUGCAGGACAUAGGAUUUGAAGGUAAGUUUCAUUAGUGUUAGGGUCCCUUACCUCUCUGCACAGCGUACCCUCCCGGAACUGCAGCCUUUUCCAUUGAUGUAAUAACUUCUGUACUGGGCUAGGCAGAGAUUUCCUCAUUGGUGCAUCAGGGAGGGUUCCGUGUCUCUUCCAGUCAUUUAUCUGAAGCAACAGCCCCUGUGGAUCACUUGGUGGAGCACUUGUGGUGUUUAUGUAGGCUGUUUGACAGUCUGUUGGGAACCUAGAGAGCAUCACCAUUAGCAGUCUCUUUUGCAGCCCUGUACUUAACCUCGAAGUCAAAGAACGCCAGCGUUGCUCUGUUGCCUCCAGUCUAGCAUUCUGUAAGUGGGCAAUGGGACUGUUGUCGGUAUACACAACAAACUUGGCACCUGUCAAGUAGUCCUUGAACUUCUCAGUAAUUGCCCAUUUUAGGGCUAAAAGUUCCAGUUUGAAGGAACUAUAG